UACCCCCGCUCCUCCCGGUGCCUCCUCCCGGAUCCCGCCCCCCCGGUUCCGGUCUGGCGGGCCGGAAGUUCGUGUACGCAACACGCCUCCAAGAUGGCGGCGGCGAACCCGGAAGUGAGGAGCCGCCUCUAGGAGGGAGUCAGGACCCCGACGCCCCUGGGGACCAGGCCAUGCUGCAGAGUGAAGAGCACAGAUAAAGAACCUUCCGCCACUCCUUAGAAUAGUCCACCAGCCCUGACAACUUCAUGCUGCAGGAGACAGCCUGAUGCCCUCAGCACAUCCUGCCAUGGACGGAGGGAAGAACUUUCCACAGCAUGAACACCAGCAGUCAGGCAGUACAUUAUACAGUAUGCCGAACCUCCAGACGCAGCUCAGCGUACCUGCCAUGGAGACCUCGAUGCUGGCUCCUGAUUGGUGGAAUUCCUUCUAUUCAUCUGCCCCUUUCUCAACUCCAUCUUUCCCAAGUGAAAACCAGCAAUAUUUUAAUACCACUUCCGAUUUUUACAUGAAUUCCAUCAGCAGACCACCUUUCACAGAGACGACCUAUGCAUCUAUGGGCCUUGCUGACUUCUUACCAAAAAAUGGUGAUUUUCCUCAGGAUUCUUCAUACCUCGAUGAGCUCUCCAACAACUCCCUCUUCUCAUCCCCCGCGGACUCCCUCUCCGACAUUGCCGAUGCUCAGGACUUCCUGCCCGCCGACAGCCUGAACCAUGUGCCAACAAUAUGGGAUAUAAACACGUCGCAACCAAACCAAAUAGAGCUGUUCUCUCCCAGCAGACCGUUCACAGGCUUAGAAAGUUUGGAAGACCAUCCCCCAAACACCCCACUCCUCAUAAGCUAUCAGUCGCAGACUCCGGUGGAGGAGGAUGACGAAGGUGACGAGGAAGAAACGGAGGAGUUGGGGCACACGGAGACCUAUGCAGAUUAUGUACCGUCAAAAUCUAAGAUUGGGAAGCAGCACCCGGACCGCGUGGUUGAAACAAGCACUCUCUCCAGCGUUCCCCCGCCUGACGUUACCUAUACCCUGUCCCUUCCGAGCUCAAUUGCCGACAACGGGUUACUCUCUGCACUACAGCUGGAGGCCAUCGUUUAUGCCUGCCAGCAACAUGAAGUUUUACUACCCAACGGGCAGCGAGCUGGGUUCCUCAUUGGGGAUGGUGCUGGGGUUGGAAAGGGCAGGACAGUUGCCGGGAUCAUCUUUGAAAAUUAUCUGAAGGGCAGGAAGAAAUCUCUGUGGUUCAGCGUCUCCAAUGAUCUCAAGUAUGAUGCUGAAAGAGACCUGAAGGACAUUGAUGCCCCCAACAUUCCUGUGCAUGCUUUAAACAAGAUUAAAUAUGGUGACACAGCUACCUCAGAAGGAGUCCUGUUUGCCACUUAUUCUGCUCUGAUUGGUGAAAGCCAGGCAGGCGGACAGCACAGGACGCGAUUAAAGCAGAUUUUGGACUGGUGCAGGGAGAACUUCGACGGAGUUAUUGUGUUUGAUGAAUGCCACAAAGCCAAAAAUGCCAGCUCCACUAAAAUGGGCAAAGCAGUGUUGGACCUUCAGAACAAACUGCCUGGAGCUAGGGUCGUCUACGCCAGUGCCACAGGUGCCUCUGAGCCAAAAAACAUGAUUUACAUGAGCCGGCUAGGGAUCUGGGGGGAGGGAACCCCUUUCAGAGCGUUUGAUGAAUUCCUCCAUGCAAUUGAAAAGAGGGGUGUUGGUGCAAUGGAAAUUGUGGCUAUGGACAUGAAAGUGAGCGGAAUGUACAUUGCCAGGCAGCUCAGUUUCUCUGGAGUCACUUUCAAGAUAGAGGAAAUCCCACUGGAUCGGCAGUACGAGCUUGUCUACAACAAAGCAGCGCAGCUGUGGGCAGAGGCGAUGGUGGUGUUCCAGCAAGCGGCUGACUUUAUUGGCUUGGAGUCUCGAAAGUCCUUGUGGGGUCAGUUCUGGUCAGCUCAUCAGCGCUUCUUCAAAUAUCUCUGCAUUGCUGCUAAAGUCCGACGCCUCGUUGAGCUUGCCAAGGAGGAGCUGGCAAAGGACAAGUGUAUUGUCAUCGGGCUCCAGUCCACUGGCGAAGCUCGCACCAGGGAGGUCUUGGACGAGAAUGACGGGCACCUAAACUGUUUUGUCUCCGCUGCAGAAGGCGUCUUUCUAUCACUAAUUCAGAAGCACUUUCCUUCAACCAAAAGAAAGAGAGAAAAAGGAACUGGCAUUAAAAGAAAACGGAAGCAGAAAGGCCGCUGUGCGAAGGCCCUGAAAGGCAUGUAUGACAUGGCGGGCGUGAUCAAGAUCAGCGACGACAGCAGCACUGAUUCGGAGGUGGGGCUGGACAGCGACUUCAACUCCUCCCCGGAGUCCCUGUUCGACAACGACGACGUCAUCUUUGUCGAACAAACCUACAACGGCUUCACACCUGAAGACAGAGGCAUUUUGCACUUGCCAGGGUCCCAGAAGGAUGUGCAUGGCCCGGGAGUGCUAGAACACGUGGAGAAAAUGAAACAGGACCUCCUAUCAAAAGUAAAAGCACUGGGCAAAGAGCUACCUCUCAAUACCUUGGAUGAGCUGAUUAAUCACUUUGGGGGCCCGGAGUACGUGGCAGAGAUGACUGGCCGGAAAGGCCGGGUGGUGAGCAGACCUGACGGCUCCGUCAUGUAUGAGUCCCGGGCUGAGCAGGGCCUCUCCAUAGACCACGUCAACCUGAAGGAGAAGGAGCGCUUUAUGAGUGGGGAAAAGCUCGUAGCAAUAAUCUCCGAGGCCUCCAGCUCAGGGAUCUCUCUCCAAGCAGACAGGCGGGUGAGGAACCAGAAGCGCCGGGUCCACAUGACACUGGAACUGCCCUGGAGUGCAGACCGAGCCAUACAGCAGUUUGGUCGAACGCACCGAUCGAACCAGGUCUCUGCUCCGGAGUACGUCUUCCUUAUCUCUGAGCUGGCAGGGGAGAGAAGGUUCGCGUCCAUCGUCGCGAAACGUUUGGAGAGCCUUGGUGCCUUAACUCACGGAGAUAGAAGAGCCACUGAAUCCAGAGACCUCAGCAAGUACAACUUUGAGAAUAAGUACGGGACCAGAGCGCUAGACAGGGUCCUCACCACCAUCCUCAACCAGACUAAGAGCAAAGUGCCUCUGCCCAAGUAUUACCAGGAACGAGAGGAUGAAUUUUUUCAAGAAAUGAAACACGGUCUCGUCUCGGUCGGGAUCUGCUGCAAGGAGAUGAAAUACGGCUACGUAACGGUGGAGAAGGACUGCUCCAUAACCAAGUUCCUGAAUCGCAUCCUGGGCCUGGAGGUGCACAAGCAGAACAUGCUCUUCCAGUACUUCACAGACACCUUCGACCACCUGAUUGAGAAGGACAAGAAGGAGGGCAAAUACGACAUGGGCAUCUUAGACUUAGCCCCCGGCGUGGAUGAGAUUUACGAGGAGAGCAAGGAGGUUUUCCUGACCCCAGGGCAUCCCCAGGACGGGCAGGUGGUUUUCUAUGAGAUCAGCGUCGACAGAGGCCUGAAGUGGGAGGAGGCCUACGAGAAAUCGCUCAAACUGACAGGCACCUACGACGGCUUCUACCUCUCCCACAAGGUGAACUCCCCAGCGCCACCAGGGCUGCUGCCCCACACGUCUGAGAUGGGCUCCAGCGGGGGCGUCUGGUUGUUGGCAGGCAGCAAGAGGCCAGUGGCAACGAUCGAUGCCUCGCUGACCGGUCACCAGGGGCCCAGAGAAGCCUCUGAGGAGCUGCAGUUUCAUUUUGCCCAGCACAGGAGGGGGGUUGACUUCAAAAGGCCGAGGGUGGGGGAGGAGGGAGAUUGUAAUGGGAGUAACAAAAAGAUCCUUGUUCCUGGAGCCAUCUCCACUCGGCCAGCACGUUCCCCGCCAUGGAUUGGCCUCUGGCGGUGUCCCUUGCAGGUGCGGCCCGAAGAAGCCAAGGAACACUGGGAGAGCAGCUACCUCUUCUCCUUCACAAAGUGUAACCACGCCGUCUGGAACAGAACCUGCAAACUAAUCCAAGAGGGAAAAGAGUGUUUCCAGGGCAUGCGUCUGCGCCGUUACUACAUGCUGUGCGGCGCGCUGCUGCGGGUCUGGAGCAAGAUCGCCAGCAUCAUGUCGGACAUCACCAACACCAGCUACCUGCAGAUCGUCCGCCUCAAGACCAAGGAGAAGAAAAAACAAGUUGGGAUAAAGAUCCCCGAGAGCUGCGUCCAUAGAGUGCGGGAGGAGCUGAAGCAGAUGGACGAGAAUGUAAAGCAGAAGCAUAACCACCAGGCCCUUCUGGCCCAGGACCGGAGCCUGCCGUACUCCAUGCCACAGCAUGUUCUGCAGCAGCCCCAUGACCUCUGCCAGCCUGUGGUCAGGCUCCCCCUGCCCAGACACUCCCUGCACCAGGACGAGAUCCUGGACUUGACCUACAGCCCUCCCAGCGACAGCCUCUCCAACCUGGCCUUGAAGCCUGACCCCCUGGGCGCUCUACACUUCCCACCGGAGCCUGUUCUCCAGCCACACCAGCAGCACAGGAUGCCCUUGCAUUUCAGCCUCCCUCCGGUCUUCGAGAGCCCGGCCCCAGCUCUGGCGGGGAACAUGCCUCUCAACCCGUCCCCGCACGACCACGUGCCUCUCCCCCAUCCCGACCACCUGCAGACGCUGCCGCAGCAGGAGCUGCCGCCGGAAGACUUAGCCCAGCAGGAGAACAUCAAUUUCAAGGAGGUGCUGGAAGACAUGCUGAGGACGCUGUACGUGGCCCCUCAGGACAGCGCGCUCUCCCAGGAGCGCCAGAGCGUCAUCCAGUUCACCAGGCCCUUUGAACACUUCUGAGGGGCCAGCUGUGGGGCUCAGCCACAGGCGCCGUGCCCCUCCCUAGCCUCUCACCUGCCUGCCUUUGGCAGGAGCGCUGGCGCGGAGGGAGGCCUGGCUCUGUAUUGCUUUGCAAUGACCCGCGUGUCUCAGUUCGGGGGCAGGGGGAUCGCGUAUUCCUUACAGCAAAGUUUAUUUAUAUAUAAUAUACAGCCACACAUGUAUAGAGUUGUACAUAUCGUGUGUAUAAAGGGGGGGUGGGGGUGGCAAAGUGCUUUUAUCACAGAGCUCAGCUGAUCGGGACCCAUGUCCUCUGCUGCGGGGUGGACCUGCUCAAACAACCGCACCCAGGUAGGACAGAGAGGAGAGCCGUUGACGGCCCCAGCCCCUCCCCACACCCAUCUCCACACCGACUACAGAGUUGAAAGGCCGGGAUUCACCCCCCUCUCCCCGGGGCGUGUGCAGUGUCGGCAGACGGAAACGUUCUGACCCCCAAAGCGAUCCUGUUACCAGAGUGUCCGUGAUGGCGAAAGCCGUGGUUCCCAGCCGUUGUGGGCAGCUUGGCUGGGUCAGCCGGAGCCAGGCUCACACUUGGGCUCUUCCAUCCCAGCCCUGGAGCUUGGUGCCACUCGAAACACCAGAGUCUUGAGGGAAUGGGGGGCAGGCACUUGGGCCUAAUACAGGGGCGGGGACUGCGGGGGAAGUGACAGAGGUCCCAGUGCAGGCUGGGAACCACUGAGCUAAAGCAUCCAUCUGUGUAGGAUUGGGUGGGGCCAGCUGGAGAGACAUUCAACUGACUACAGGUCAUGUGCUCGCUCUCUGCUCUCCAGUUAGUCCAUGCCACUCCUUUCUCUUGGGAGGGGAAACUGACAUGCUUUGGGCUGCCCUGACUUCCCCAAUGGGAUGGGGAACAACUCUUCUGCACUAAUAUGCCCACUUUAUCAGUAUUCAGCAAUGAA